CCAAAGAUAGUUAAGAAGAGAAUAAUCUCUAUAAAUAAAUUUGAAGGUAAAGGUAGUUAGUUAAUUGGAUAGUUAAAUAGUUUGAAGAGGUUAUAUUUCCUCUCUUAGCUCAGUUUGCUUCGUAAUUUUUAACGCUGUGUUUUGAUUGGUUCAAGGAGAAGAAUUCGUUCUGGUCGCGGUUAUCUGCAUCUCAGGAAAACUACUUAAACUUCAAGCUGGAUCUUAUUAUUUUUUAACGAUAUACUCAAACCACUACUCGGAAACUUUUGGAAUAUUUAUUACCCAGUUUUUAAUUACAUUUCUGGAACAAUGGAUCAAUUAAGAUUGUGUCACGCGUCUUUUCCUCCUUCGCCAUGGACCAUGACGAUAAUGGCAAGGCAUCCUCGUCAUCUUCACUAAACGUAAAAAACUGUGCCGUCACUUUUGUGAACGAAGCUUCAUCAUCAAAAAGUCUACAAACCAAGCUUAUCGACGCCUCAAAAAAACAUUUUGAAAUUUCUCCCGAUAAGGAACCCCUUCUCCAAAAAACUUGUCACAAGCAACUUCCCGGCCCGUCGGUUGUUAUCAUGCCGAAGAAAGGCUCCACCUCCAAAGCUGCGAUGUCCGCCGCUGCUGCUGCUGCAGCGGAAGAGGAAACUAAUCGCCAUCAGGACCCCCAGCAACCCGACAUUAUGCGGCAAGAGCCUCCCCUCCCGUUGAAACCGUUGAGAAGAGUGGGGCUCGGUUUUUUCGGGCUGAUCGGAUUUCUUGUCAGCUUUGUGGCAGGAAUUAUUGUUCUUCCACUGCUUAUAGUGGUGGUCUUGGUGUUUGUCAUCUUGCCCAGAUUGGUGGUUCAGGCCGUGAUCUGGAUCCGUUUCCGGUCUCAAGGAAUCCGCCUCCUUCCCAUUUCCGCAUCCUUGUCCGCCUCUGGUUACGAGUUUUACACCGUGGUUGUAGUUUUACGGGGCGAGUGUCGUAAAUUGACCGAAUUUCGGAGCCUCUUCCAAUCCGUGGUGGACGCUAAGGUCGGUCAGGCUCCAAAAUAUCCUGGUCUUGGGAGGAAACUCGUUACACGGUUAGGAUUCAACUGUUGGGAGGAGGGACGUCCUGUCGACGUUUGUAACCAUGUUAAUCUCCUCGAAGACGACGAUCCCGAAGGUCUCAGUCAGUCCAGAUUGUUCCAAUUGUUGCAGAAUGACUUUAAAUAUGGCAGCUUUAAAGUGACCCGCGCCGACGCUCCCCAAUGGGAAGCCCUAGUCAUUCCCCGGUUCCAGUAUGACGUCCAAGUGGCUGACGAAGAGGACGGGCUGGUCCUCCUUCACCAAGAAAUGGACUUUGACGAAAUUCCGCAGGACGAGGUCUUCUACGCUGUCUCUUUCCGAGCGAAUGCGGCCGUACUGAACAAACAGGAAACGUUGAGGAUGUUCAAGGAGGAUUUCAUGGAUAAAAGAGAUAUUCAUCCCCGUGAACAAUUAAACGUCCCUCGAUCCUUCAAGUUCAACUUCUUGGAACACAUCAUCAUUUCCUUGUACUCACUUCUGCUCACUGGCCAAGUCGUCCUCGCCCAGAUCUGGCGUGGGGUGCCGUUCUCCUUCGGUGAAUUCAAAAUGAUCCGACCCCUUCGCGAGAACUAUUGGAUGGGGGGCGAAGCCGCCAAACACGACGCUUUCCAUCUCCACGCCACCCGAACGAUGAGUCUCGGAGGGAUCCAGACAGCCAAAAAUGUGUCCAGGACGAGCGUCAUGUCAGUCUUGGUGUCAUGUGCGGGUGGCGCGGCGCGCAACAUGCUCCUCUCGAUGGACAAACGUCUCCCGGACCAGAUGCGGUUCAGCAUAAAGCAAUAUUUUUUUGGCUCCUCCACUCCCACCACGUUCAACUGCAUCCUACCCUCGGAUCCGUACACCUACCCGAUCGAUCGCCUGGGUCACGCGUUCUUCACCGUGGCCGGAAACCGGCAUGACCUUUACAUUCAUGCAGCUAAGAAAUCCAUCUUCUCUGCCCUGCUGUGGGUCACGGGGGCCAUGUCGGUAAAAGGAGGAAGAGCAAUGUACCGCUGGCUGCACAAUGUUCACAUCCUCUUCGAAAUCUGGGAUCUUGGAGGGAAACCGUUCAGCCUGUUUAGCGGAGAGGAUAUCGUGGUCGAUUUGUUCGCGUGGAAUGGAAUCGAUGCUACCUGGGCGGAUUUUGGCAUCACGAUGACCACUUACGCCGGUCGGGUGAAAGCGAACAUUAUCGCGGAUCAAGGCGUGCUCGGCUGUGGGAUGAAAAUGCGGAAAAAUAUGAUCGCCGACGAGUUUUUAGAGGAAUAUACACAAAUAGCGUUCCCCUGCGAUAUUAAACCCAAGUAUUUGUAUAAGCCUCACAUUUUAGGGAGGGAAGAGCUCUUUUAAGAUAACUACUUAUCUUUGAUAAGACUUUUAAUUGUAUUAUUAUCUUGUCCUUUUAACGUAUUUAUUAAUUUCUUGAAUCUCACUGCUCACGUCCAUUCCCUUUUAAGUUUGAUUCCCUUUUUCAUGCAAAAUCCUGCUUUGGUUUUGACUACUUUUUGCUAUUUUAUAUUUAUUAUCAAUGAUAAGCUAAAAGAUAACGUAAGUAAGAUUGCUUAAUUAUUGUUUCCUUAAAGUAAUUAAAAUAUAAUUGUGACAUAUGUAAAACAAGCAUUGUAAGAUUGUGUUUUAAUAAAUUCAGGUUAAAAAAUAAUCAAAAAA